UGCUGUCCCGAUGGAUAUUGGAGAGAGUGCACGAGCGAAUUGAUCUUUAUCUUAUCAACGGUGAAAUACAUAUAUGUAUACAUACCUACCUACCCUAGGUAUGAUAUGUACAUAUGUAUACGAACAGGCAAAUCCCUGCUCACAGCCCGAUACAUCAUGAGACUUUCUUGCUCCGAGACAACGUCAGAAUCCAGGCGCUCUUUCUGCUUUUCUUAGUGCCGGCGAAUAGAUCCGUCUGCUCCACUUGCAUCCAUCUUUUUCAAUAUUACCUAGUAGUAAUACCUACCUUAGGUACAUACGCUCGGUACCUAUGGUCCUAUAUAGUAUAUGUAACCUAUCAGGUAGUACUUACCCUAUGCAGCUAUCUAGUAUUAGCACUACUUCCAAGCUUCUUUUGAAGUUUUGUUUCUUUCAAUCUGCUUUUUAACUUCAGAAUGUUCUUGCUUCUAAAUGCAUACAUCCAUAUCUACUCUUCCUUCUAUUUCUGUU